AGUUAGUUAAACAUAAAAAAAAUACAUUGUAUUAUUUAACAAAUAUACUGUAUUUUAGUCUAAUACAUUUUACUAUUUAAUUAAGCACUUGUAUCACAGUUGUAAUUGUGAACCGUGUCAAUGUUACUUAAAAGUUCUUUCAAUAUCACAUCUACAGAUGACAACGGAGAAAGAAAACAGUGUUGAAGGAUUCAAACAAAUCAAACAAGACGAACUCGAAGUCAUUCAAAGCCAAAUCACACAACAAUAUUUGCAAAAUGUGACGUCUAAGGGCCAAAUCAACCCUGAUGAAAACAUGCCUGUGACAACACACGGAUACAUGGCCCUGUGCGGACCAACAGAGCAACAACCAAAAGAAAGUAAACACAUCAUUAGGACAAGAACAUAUCAGAUAAAGCGAUCUUGUGAAACUGUGAACAUUUCAGAGGAAAGCACAACAGACAGUGGUGGACAACUGAGCAUGAAAUGUUCAACUUCCAAAAAGCUCCCAGAACUCAAAGGCAGCAUAAGUAUUCAAAACCUGAUCAAAUUUAAGCUGUUUGAUGAAGAGAUUUUGCACAAGAUGGAGAGGGGUCUCAUCACCAGCGAGGAGAUGCAAGCAUUGCUUGCUCCAUACGUCGGUAAACCGACUGCCAUUGCUGGAGUUUAUGUGGAAUCAAGUAAGAAAAAGAUAUCCUUCCUAGAAGCUGCUGAGAAAGGCUUCUUAGCAAAGACCUAUGCACUUGAGUUUCUUGAGGCUCAGGCUGCAACAGGAAGCCUUACUGAUCUGGUUACAGGACAAACACACUCAGUUGAUGAGGCUAUGGAGAAAGGUAUUUUAGAGAUGGGCCUUAAAGAUAAAUUGAUAGAGGCUGAGAAAGCUGUUAGCGGCUACAUCCAUGCUGGCAAAACGUUGUCUGUGUUCCAGGCAAUGGAGGAAAGGAUUCUUGAUAGAUACAAAGGCAAGAAGAUCCUCGAGGUCCAGGUUUCAACCGGAGGUCUGAUCAACCCAGAUAUCGGUGUCAGGGUGCCAGUUAACAUUGCUGUCGAUCAGGGUCUUUUGAACAAAGAGACUCUGAAGAGUCUGUAUGAUCCAGUCAGUAACCCCAAAGGUUUCCACAACCCCGACACUGGACAGAAAGCAUACUACUCCGAAAUACUCAAGACAUGCCUCUACGACAUUGACGGUUGUGUGUUUCUCUUCCCAUUUGGUGAGAGACAUCUGACAGACACUUCUCCCACGAGUACUCAUAGAGUGUCUGUCAUCAGCAGCAGUUGUGGAAUCGAAAUGUCAGCGUACGAAGCAUUCAAGGGCAAACACAUCGACAAGAGGACGUAUCUGUUGCUGUCACAGCAGGAAAGUGAAUGGCAAGAAAAGUCCAUUGUUGACGCCAACGAAAGUGCACGUCACAUCAUCACUGACGUCAAAAGUGGCCGACAACUUUGUCUAGAGUCUGCUCUGAGUCAGAGGUUUCUUGAAACGUCUGAGCUUGAUGCCUAUCGCAGUGAGCUUCUUAGUAUCUAUGAGAUUGCAGACCUGAUAUUUUCGAGAAUGGUUGUGGUGGAGGAUGUUAACAGCCCCAUCGCUGGUCUCUGGGAUGUCACCCACAAGAAGAGGCUGUCUGUUCUUCAGGGUUUUCAACAGGGCCUUACAGACAGAACGACUGCCGUAAGGCUGUUGGAGGCCCAGGCCUGCACUGGAGGUAUUUGCGACCCCUCUUCUGGGGAGAAAGUUACAGUUUCUGAGGCUCUCAACAGAGGUCUUGUAGACGAGGCACUGAAACAUCAGCUCCAGCAAUGUGAGCAGGCAUUUAAUGGCAUCGUUCACCCCAAUACUGCAAAGACUCUGUCCAUCUCCCAGGCUGUUCAGGAAAAUCUCUUCCCUAAGGAUGUCUGUUUUCGCUGUAUCGAGUUUCAGCUCCUGACGGGAGGACUGAUACAUCCCGACACUCACGAUAGAGUCUCGCUUGAGGAAGUGAUUCAGAGUGGCCUUGUUGACAAAGCUACUGCCUCUGCACUCAAAGACGAGAAGUUCCACACCAAGAGCCUCACCUGCCCAAAGACCAAGAGAAGAAUCACGUUCAGAGAGGCUCUUGAAAGAAGCGUGUAUGACUGCCAUACAGGGCUGAGGUUGUUGGAGGCUACAAAAGUUUGGGGCUUUGUUGCUAAAUCAUCAUUUCUUUAUACUUGGGGGUAUUAAGCAAUAAACAUAUUUCUGUCCAUAUCAAGAAACCAAUUAUACAAAUAGGAUUAUCUUUGGUUUUGUGUGUGACAAUGACCUUAACUGGCAAUGACUUCACUGUUGAACUCUCUUUUAUGGUUUGCAAAUGUAUUUCAAUACCCUGUUUGAUUGCAACUGACAAUGGUUCUUGAGUUUUGGUUUAAUUAUGAAUGUAGUUUGGCAGCGCCCCUCCCUUCUAGGGUUCUGUUUUUUCUUUGUAAGAGGUAACAAUCUUGUUGAAAACCCAUCUGUU